GCUUGCCUCGCUGCUUGCACACAUACACACCACACGCACAUCAUUCAAGACAGCACACGGACACGCAUAACACAUACCUCAACCCUAUAGUGCUCACUUGGACUAUAUAGUGUAAUAACAUAACCGCUGUGCCUGCUCGCCAUCAUCAGGUAUCAAGGCGAAACCUCCUGCACAUUGUACAUUGAAUGCAUUUCUCUGCUUUCAACCGAACAGCAGAUUCUAGUCUAUACACAAUAUAUAAUGGAUGAAUAGGUGAAUAUGGCGCUUCUAUUUAACUGGCCGAGACGGACCCCUUACCUAAAUCAGCUGGACCGAACGAGGAGGGAUUCCCAUCUGGCAUGUGACCGACGCUGCACGGGCUGCAGGCCCUAUGCCCCCACUAUCAUGCGCUCCUUCACUGCCCCAGCUGCCAUAGUCGCCCCUGGUGCCCUAGGCCUAUGCACGGACAAGGCCGUGCCCGGUGGGCUGUGCCCGGUCUGCCGUUCAGGGAUCGUGAUUCACCAUCGAAGCUACGGACUUUUGUGUUGUAAGAUUCAAUACGGCGCGGCCUGUCCAUCAUGCGGCGUGGAGUUUGAUGAUGGAGAAGAAGAGAAAGUGGCAGGCGCUUCAUCUGCUGCCACCAACGCCUCUGGUGACCACAAGAACCAGCGUGUCAAAGGUCAACGAACUAAGGCUCCAAAAGGGGCGGGCAAUGCCAAAAACAAGCACCAGCAGGACCUGUUGCUUAGACCCCAGAAUGUUGAACUCACUGGCGCUAAGAAGAAACUGUCCGAGAAAAAGACGGACAAAUGAAAAAGUGCGCCAGAUCGAAAGGAGAUUGAUCUUUUUCAUCACAGAUGAUGAAGGACUGGGAGACUACGAAAGUGUAUGGUUCACAGCCAGUAACCAUUGUGUAACUCACAUGUAAACAGUGAGUAGCGCUGUGGUGACCUGCCUACCAAGAUGUAACAUGCAGUGCAUGUGUUCUUUUUUUGUAGUAACCCGUCCGUGCACUUUGCUGGCUUUGUGUUUAAGCCAUGACCUCGUGACGUCAGCAUCAUUGAAGAUUCACACAGGCACGUUUGGCUCCAUUGUUUGCACAGCACAUAUAACCCCUUCCUUAAGUUUCUCUUGGAUUGAAGAAGAAAAGUACAAGACGUCAAGGAAAAGGUGGACAUUUGUAGAAGAUGUUCCUCUUUUAAGUUUUAUGCAUUUCAUUGCUAUGGAGAUUUACAACAUUACUUCCGAACGUGGACGGCUUAAGCAAGGACACUGUAUUGGUAAUAAUGCAAUGAUUUGUAUUUAUUAAGUGAAUAGCUCUUAAAGUGAGUGACCAGAAAGGCCUGUACCAAUUUAAAAACAUCAGUCCACAGAUAAACAGACCUGUUCAGAGAAAAAAAAAACUGUUUUUGUAAUAAGGUCCUGUAUGCGAGAAGAAUUAAAGACAUUUAAAGAGACCAUUCCACAACAAAUCCGCUCCAGUCCGAUUCCAACUACUAAUUGAUAAGGCAAAUUUAGGAACCACUGCUGACCAACGCCGGACAUACUGACGAACACGACUGCAUGACUGAUUUUUAAAACAUUUCCUCCAAUUUAAAUCAAAUUGUCACCUCAAAUAAUAAUAAUAUAGAGUACUUUAUAAGGCGCAAAAAUCCACCAGAUUAAGGUGCGCAAGGCGCACGAGAGGGAAUCCCCACACAGUAUAAGAAAGAAGAAAAUCAGAAAAAGAACAAUUAUAUAACAGUUAAACGAGCUAGUUUUUCGAACUAAUCUCAAAAGUAUCAACACUAGAAAUCUUAUGAAUUUGAAGAGGUAAAGUCGUUCCAGAGAGUGGGUCCAGCAUGCGAAAAUGGCCUAUAUCGCCACAUUUGUUCUUACUCUAUGAACAUGUAACAAGCAAGUAUUAGCAUAGCAAUCGUACAUGAUCACAAGGAAAACAAUGAAUGAACUGAUGGACUGGCUUAAUUAAUAAUUAUCUUGGUGCAAACAUGAACUCCUCAAAACAAAUCAUAUGUGGGUGAUGGGUGCUUGCUUAGUCGAGUAAUUAAGACCAAUCAAUAGACCACGCCCACAAGGUGAAAAUAUGAGACCUUUCUAUUGCAACGCCAAAGCCCGAGUUUUUGCCAAACCAGGUUUGAAAACUUUGCAAAGUCAUCAAUGCACAGAAAAAACAGAUCGCUAUUGUUCGUAACAAGGUUAUACAAAUAUUUAAAUCAUCAUGUAGGUUUUAUUGAAAACAAAGCAACUACUUAAUGAGAGGUAAUUUAUUGAAUUAAAAAGUCCGGUUUGUUUAUCGACAAUGAAAAUGCCUAUAGACCUUUCAUUUGCAACGCGGUUAGAAAACUAUGGAAAGCUAUUAUGCAAAUCACAAACAGAUGGCCAUAGUAUGUAAAACAAUUAAAAAUGAAUUCAUAAGAGUUAUUUAAGCUCAUGAAUCUUUACAAAAAAAUAUUGAUUUUUGUCACAAUUGUUUUACACGAUUGAUUAUUUUGGUAACAUUUGGCCGGCCAUCACAUCCGGUGCACUUUGUUUAUCAAUAAUGGAAAGGCAAUUGAAAGGUCUAUAAUCAACAAGUGAAUGUCAAAAUAGUAUGGUGCUUCAUCGGUUUUUAGUAGACAGUGUGCCUUUACGUAUUUUGACGAUA